UAAUUUUUCCCCCUCCUCGUCGAUCAUUUUAAAUAGUAUUUGAUUGCAGACUUCCAGCAUGCUGCCCUGUUGGUGCUUCAGCUGUGUGGAUGAGGUUGUGGACUGACAGCACCUUUACGCGCAGGAGAGCAGUGAUGCUGGAGGAAGCGACACACUGCAGCGCGUGCUGCUGCACUGCGCUCAAUAAAACACUGAUGAUCGUCUUCAUGAUAUUACUGAUGUUUGCUAUACUGGUUGGAAACUCGCUGACUUUGGCUGUGGUGCUCGGAACGAAACAUUUCCACACCCCCCAGGGUUAUCUGAAAGCCUCUUUAGCAGUGGCGGACUUGGCUGUGGGUGUUUUUGUGGUUCCUCUUUCCGUGUACGCAGAGAUUUCUCUGAUGCUGGCGGAUGCAGCACCGGGCUGGACAUUGCGUAAUUCCCAGCGCGCAGCUUUCCACCCGUGCAGUUUUAUUGGCCCGGUGUUUGCAGGCUGCACGCUGGUGUCCAUCACCACAGUCUUUCUUCUCACUCUUGAACGCAGCAUUGCUGUUUUGAAACCUUUACACAAAGAAGCCGUUAUUACAAGACGACGCACGAGCGUGCUGAUUGUAUUUUCUUGGACAGCCAGCUUUUUCUUAGCGCUCUCUCCACUGAUCUUCAGCGAAGGGAUGGCGCUGGAGUAUAACGCAUGCAGCAGGAUGUGCAUCUACGCGUUAGGAGCGAACGAGUUUCCGCCUCAUGCUUGGCAUAUCCUCUUACUUUUCCCAGCGUUUGAUUUUACUCUUCUCGUAGGGACUGUUGUUACAAACAUUAUAUCCUUCACUACGAUCCGCCACCAUUCAAAGAAAAGAAGGCGUCUGGCUCGAGCGGGAUGCCAAAGUACAUCAGGACCAAGUUUCUCCGACAUUAAGGCUGCCAAAACAAUCGGCGCGCUCACGCUGGUGUUCACCGCGUCCUUCACUCCUGUUGCAGUGUUUGUAGUAGGAAACGUCACUGGAAACGAAUGGUGCAGUUUCUCGUUUUUUGCUUUUUGGAUUCUGGCCGCAAGCAGUUGCUGGAAUGUCAUCAUCUACAGUGUGAGGGACCAAAAGUUUAGACUGAGAGCACGUCAACUUCUCGUGUUCUCAAAAAUAAAGAAUUCACCCUGAGAAUAAGCUGGAGUUUUUUUUUAUAUUAUUUAUUAUUUAUUAUUAUUAUUAUUAUUAUUAUUAUGUGUCACAUUGCCUUCCAGACAUUUCUCAGUAAACUCUGCUCGUGUUAAAUAAGACUGCACAAGUUGUUUCAAUAGGUAUGAGUAUGAGAAUCCUGACUCAUCUGAUGGGUGAGUAAUUCAGUAUGAGAGAUUUCUGAUGAAUUAUGGCUUUCACAAUCUGACAAACAAAUCAAUCCAUCUAUCUUCUAUACCGCUUAUCCUUAAGGGUCACGGGGAACCUGGAACCUGGGGCACAAGACAAGGUACACCCUGGACAGCAAAGGGCACAAUCACAUACCACACAGUCUUUGGACUGCUGGAGGAAACCAGAGUACCCGGAGGAAACCCCCACAGCAUAGGGAGAACACGCAAACUCUGCAUACGCAGUGGCAGGAAUCGAAUACUCAACCGUGGAGGUGGGAGGCGAACGUGCCACUAAGCCACCAAGCCACCGUGCACCCCAAGAAACAAAUCAUUUUUUAAAAAUAAAAUAAUGCAGGACAAUCUAUACAUCAAGGUGUGUUAUAGUACACCUAUAUGGCAAAACAUAUCAAAUUCAAUACAGUAUCAUUCAUUUGAUGAAUGUAUUCAGCUUUGGUCUCAGCUUGGUACACUAGUCAACAUUUUUGUAUAUUAUAUACAGUGUGUGUACAUUCUUAUGACUGAUGUUGCCAUUUUUUUGUGUUACUAUAUAGUCCAUGCAAAAUUAAGAAGCUCAGCCAGACUAUUGUGUUAUUCCUAUUGGGGGAAAAAAAGGUUUUGUCCUACUUAUUGCUAUCCAGUGGGUAUGUCUGAGGUCUGAUCAGACAUAUAUUUGUAGUGGAUGUAUCUUAUAUUUAUUAAUAUUUUCAUUGGAUAGGAUGUAUGAUUAUUCUAUACCAAAUCCUGAAAAAACAACUUUCUCUAAAUCAUCUAAUAAGGUUUUAGCUUGAAGACAUUCUUAGAUCCUAAACUAUUUAUACUUGAAUUAGGAUGUUUUUGAUGGAGGUUACAAACUUUGAUUUUCUUCAUUGUAGUCCAUAAAGAAAAGAAUGACUCUGAAAGACUGUGAAUGUACUGAGGACGUUUCUCAGAGCGUACCGAGGAGGGCUUUUGGUGGUUGCCUGGAAUGAGUCCUUCUCCUCAAUACUUAGCCAUGCCUGUGUUUACCUUAAAAGUCAGAAUUUGCUUAUUGCUGCUUAGUAUUGAUGUUGGAUUUGCUUUUGCUCACAGAAGCAACACAUAGCUCGACAAACUAUUCUGUGUGGUUGCAGUGUUUAACCACCAAGUCAGCUUAGGAACUGUAAAACUCCUUAUUAAAUCAUCUAACAC